AUGUAUGAUGAUCCUGAAUCAAUUGCCAAUAUGGGUAUGCCACCAUCAACCCAAAAUAGAAUAGCUUCGGACGGUGUAAUUUAUUCGAAUCAGCAUAUGUCAGGUUAUAUGAUGCAUCCAAAUCGGAAUAAUGAAUUUAUUCCACAUAAAGAUAAUCUGGAUAACUGCAUUGAUGAACGAAAGUUGAGUCUACCUUAUCCAUCGAACGAUAAUUUUGGGACGUUACUACAAGAUGAGACAUCCACUCCGAAUAAACAGAACAUACAAGUGACUACAAAUAAUUCAUCAUCUCCUAUACAAUCUGAUCACAAGGAUCUCAAAAGUUUCAGCUUCUCCGAACAAAAUGAUUCAAUUCAAGAGUUUCAAGUUUCUCCCAUAAAAGAAGACCCCCCUCGUCUAUCUCGUCGUGCAUUUGAUGGAUUUCCUAGAGACGAAGUGAGCAACGAAAACAGUAGAUCUGCCCGUCCAUAUUCUCCGGCCCCGAAUUCAUCUGGAAGUGACAAUUCAAAUGCCAUUGGACUGAUUAUAGGUGGUUAUGAUUAUAGCAAGAGCUCUUUAGAAUUAGCUUCAAAAGACAAUAAUAAUAAUUUCCAUAAUGAUAGGAAAUCUAAUACAUUAAUUCAAAGAGACGAUGAUCCUACUGGCCAAUUUUGUCUGACCAAUAAUCCACUACAGUCUAAUGAAGUUGAUAUCAAUGUCAAAGUUCAUAAUAGAAAUAGUUCAGAAUCAUCGACAGUUUCAAAUACAUCCACCACAUCUACUAUAACACCUUCUACGAUUAGUAAAGGCAAGAGGUUUGUUAGGUAUGCUAUGAAUACCCAAUCAAAAUCAUCCAUGACUAAUACAUCUACAAAAUGGCAUAUUCUGAAUGUGCUAAAAUGGCUUGAUUAUUACGGUUUUAAUAGUUCUUGGCAAGAAACUUUUCGUAGGAAUGAAAUAUCUGGUAAUAGGUUUCUAGAACUAUGUAAUUAUGAAGUGGACUCCAUGAUUUGGAAGCAAUUCAGUAAAUACUUGGUCUUGGAUAAUGAAAAUAAUUCAAUUGAAAGAUUUAUUGAAUUACUUAAAGGACAUCUUUCUACGUCGGAACCUGUGGAUGACUAUAAUGCAAAUAAAGAGUAUCAAAUGCAAUCGCAUUCAAGAAAAGGCUCUAAUGAAUCUCAUUUGUCUCCGGUUCUCCCUAAUAGCACUGCAGAAAAUCGAAAAUCUGUACCCAUUUUUCACAAGCGUAAAUCUGUAUCAAUAUCAGCAGCAUAUGGCUCGUCGUCGCUGAAUAAUAAUAUAGCAUCAUCUGGUAAUCAGAGACCAGUAUCAUAUGUGGAUAUAGGUUCCCAAAAACCAAGUAAGGAUUUGCAAUCACAUCACAAAUUCUUUCGGAAAUCCAAAUCGUCAUAUUCUGAUAUUCCUCAAACCUAUACCGGUAUUAACAAUAUAUCUAUAGCACCUUCUAACAACCAAAAUAUAAGUGGUCAUAGAAAAUCUAACUCAAGGACUUCUUUAUCAUUAAAUGAUGACUUUAUCGUUGACUCAAAUAAAAUUAAAUAUACUGGGGCACCCCUACUCAAAACAUCUAGUUUGCAAAACUUUCCAACUCCAAAUAAUGAAGCUAUUCCAGCAACUACAUAUGGUAGAAAGUCUGGUCUUUUUAGUACCUUAAAAAAAUAUAGUAGUGAUAAGGCAGUGGGAAUUGUUAAGCAGGUACAAAAUACUUCGUCAUCAUCUGCGACCAAAACCAGUGGGAUAAAUAAAAGUAAUAGUAAAAAUGUUGUAUCGCCUGUUAGUCCUGUGGAAUUUCGGGAGCUUCUGUUACCUAAGGCUAAGCAAAAUAUUACUCAGUCUAAUGCUGAACAAGAGAGUACAAACACCACCACCAUGGACGACAUAAAUACUAGAUCGAUAGCUAUGUCUAGUGACGAGACGUUGCCUUCUCCAUUAAUGAAUUCGUCAGCUAAGGUGAUCAAUUUCAAUAAUAAUACUUAUAUAGAUCUGAUAAAGAAGGCAGAUUUGCUUGAUAAUCUUGAUGAAAAGUAUUUGCCAACAUUACAUGAUAGCUUUGUUGAUAAAAAAAUGAUAUUGGCUAGCAAAGAUAAUAAACAUUUCACGCCUAUCAAUUUGACAAGAGAAGAAAUCAGAAAUAUAGAAUUAAUCAGAAAUAGGGUAAUUCAAGAAUUAGAACUAAUUGAUGUUGGAAUUAUUACCUUCCAUUUGACUGAAUUUAAUUCAACUGAAGGUAUUGCUCUUAAGGAUGAUGUUUUAUUGGAUGUUAUUCGUACAGAUAUACUUGUAAAGCUCUUCGUAAACCAAGAGCUUACUUCUGAUACUACAACAACAUUUUCAACUACAUCUUCAGAUUCGAAAUCUUUUGAGCUAAUCGGUGAAAACAAUGAUGAAAGAAGUUAUCCAAGCACGCCACAAUAUCUCUUACAAAAUGCAAGAGACCCUAAAGUAGAUUAUUGGAACUUUAAGGAUACCAACAAUGAUAAGCUUUCCAGUAUAAGUGAGAUAAAUUCCACUAGGGCUGGAAGAAAAUCACCUUCGAAUCCCCAAUUUUCUAUGAAGCUACAUUUACCUGAGAAUAAGAAAUUUUCACAAGAUAGUAAACCACCAUCAUUACUGAUAAACACAACUCAAAUUGACAAUAGUCUGCCAUCUUUAUCGCCUAAUUCAUCUAAAUUGAGUGACAGUCACAACUCAUUUAAGAUUCUAAGGAAAGAAGGUCGUGAAAUAGACUUCGAUAAAAGAAGGAAAUCCCCAUAUGAAUCAAAAGCUCCAAAGUUGAUACCAAAUAUUUACUCGUCAUCGGUCUCCAAUCCCUCAAAAUCUCCAAUUUCAGCAACUACAAUAGCAACAUUAAAGGAUGAAAAUGUAGAGAGCAAUCACAAUAAGUUAUCUCCUAGCAUAUCAUCUGGAUCAAUGGAUAGGGACAAAUCUGGUAGUAUUGUAGCCAAAAGAAUUGCUCCUCCGCCACCGCUUGACAGAAAGCUGAGUGUGAUAGGAUCCCAUUCGUUAAAGAAAGCCUCAAUACUGCCUUCCAUUUCAACACUAUCAAAAACUCUGUCUUAUUCUAGUCGCUCGCCUAGUGGCAGUGAAAGGUCAAUGGGUUCACGCAAGGCGUUCAAUAAAAGAAAAGGAUCCACUUCAAGCAAAAAUUCGUUCGUAACAGAUGAUUCGUUUGCAUUUAGGGAAAACGAUGUAUCAUUUGACGAUGUUCCUACAGUACAAAGAGACAAUAAUGCUUCAUCUGAUGAUGAAGAUUUUUUUGUUAAACCAAUUAAGAAUCAAAAAAGUAAUGUUAAUGAUGAUGAUAAUGAAAGUGACGAAGAUUUUUUCAUGAAACCUAUAAGGUCGCCUGAUUCGGAGGCUCCAAAAGAGACCCUUAAACGGCGUACGUUAACGGAUCCUAUCUCGAUAAAAAUGAAUGUAAGACCUCCUGUGGAAGAAGUCUAUAGGAAUCUUGAGAAGUAUUUCCCUAAUACCAACUUAGAUAAGCCAAUCAUAGAUGAUUCGCCCGUAUCGCCUGUUAAUAAACAUCAACCAUCUAUUGAAGCAUCAAAUGCUAUUCCUAUGAGGAAACCAACAAUUUCAAGAACUUUCUCUAAUGCAAAUAUGUCACCAGUCCAUCCGAAAUUAGAUUCUGGAGAUGAAAUCUUGUAUGCUGAAAAUCAAGAACCUACAUUAAGCCGCCGUCGUAUGAAAACUAUUCGUGUUGUAGCAAAUGAAGCACGUAAAAAGAGGUUAGAAAGACAAAACUCACCACAAGCUGGUAGAUCUCUAGAAUCAUCAUAUUGCAAUACCCCCAAUUCAGGUAAUUUCAACUCAUUAAAUAGGACAAACACAAAACUAUGGGGCCAAAAGGUUGUUGAAGUCACAUCCACUGAGAUUGAGAAAGGUUUUGUUAGCAAAUUGAAAAAUGGAAAGCACGGUGAAUUCGAAGAAUUUGCUUGGAUUAAGGGUGAAUUAAUUGGUAGAGGCUCGUUUGGUGCGGUAUAUUUAGCAUUGAAUGUCACUACUGGUGAAAUGUUAGCAGUUAAACAAGUAAUUGUUCCUAAUGAUUUUCAGAAUGGAUCCCCUAAAGUGUCUGAAGGGAUUGAUGCUUUGCAUAAAGAAGUUGAAACUAUGAAAGAUUUAGAUCACCUUAACAUUGUUCAGUAUUUAGGCUUUGAGCAGAAAAAGAACAUUUAUAGCUUAUUCUUGGAAUAUGUUGCUGGUGGUUCAAUAGCAUCAUGCAUGAAAUCUUUUGGAAGGUUUGAAGAGCCACUUAUCAAGUUUAUAAUUAAGCAAGUUUUGCUUGGUCUAGAAUACUUACAUUCGAAUGGUAUUUUACAUCGUGAUUUGAAAGCUGAUAAUUUGCUCUUAGAGAUCGAUGGAACGUGUAAAAUAUCGGACUUUGGCAUAUCUAAAAAGUCCAAGGAUAUUUAUGUUAAUAAUGCUGAGAUGUCCAUGCAAGGUACAGUUUUCUGGAUGGCACCAGAAGUUAUUGAUAGUAUUGUUGCUGAUAAAAAGCAAGGGUAUAGUGCUAAAGUAGAUAUUUGGUCAUUAGGAUGUGUUGUACUAGAAAUGUUUGCAGGUAAAAGGCCAUGGUCAAAUGAAGCAGUGGUAAGUGCAAUUUAUAAAAUUGGUAAGACUAAAUUAGCUCCACCUAUACCUGACGAUAUUACUCAUUUGAUUUCUGAUGAAGCGAGGUCAUUUAUUGGAAGAUGUUUCACAAUUGAUCCGGAAGAGAGACCAACCGCUAGAGAUCUCUUGGGAGACCCAUUCAUCAGUAAUGAAUCCAAAUUCUCGUUCGAAACUACCAGAUUAGCACAAAUGAUCAAAGACAAUUACAAGAAAUACAAUAUCUAA